AUGGAUAAGUUUGACGAGGAGUCGUUCUUGGACGAGCUCAUGUCGCUGCGGCGGCCGAAGCAGGCGCCGGAGCCGUGGCAGGCGACGUACCCAGGCAGUAGCACGAUGAUGAGCGACCUCAUCUUCUACGGCGGCGACCAGGGCGCCUCCGAGCCGAGGAGAGACAUGGACAUCGGGCCGUUUCUAGAGCCCAUGGCGCCUCCGCGCCCGCAAGAUGAGUUCAGCUUCGACUACUUGAGCGAAGUGUGCGACCCAUACAGGAGCUUCGUCCCUGGGGUUGUCGACGCGGCCGGCCAGGCGCUCGCUCAUCCCUUCAACGACGCCUUGCCGGAUGACGACAUGCAGCUGUUUCAUGCUGGUGGGUCCUCGUCGUCCCCCAUGACGUUCAUCUUCCAAGGAGGGGACAUUGGGGAGAUGAACGGCAUCAUCAGAGGCGCUCCCGGUGUCCACCCUAGGAGCAAGCUCAACGGCGGCGCUCCCUCGAAGAACCUCAUGGCCGAGAGGCGGCGGCGGAAGCGGCUCAACGACCGUCUGUCCAUGCUCCGCUCCAUCGUGCCCAAGAUUAGCAAGAUGGACAGGACUUCGAUCCUUGGGGACACCAUAGACUACGUGAAGGACCUCAAGGAGCAAAUCAAAACCCUCAAGGGGGAGAUCGGCACCACGCCGGGGGAACUGAACCUGCUGAACACAGCGAAAAAUUUCUCCAGUGGUAUCAACGAGGAAAUGAUGCCAAUGAGGAAUCCCAUUAAGUUUGAUGUCGAGAAGCGACCCGGCGGCGGCAUGAGGAUCGAGAUCUGCUGCGCGGCGAACCCCGGGGCGCUGCUCUCGACGGUGUGCGCGCUGGAGGUGCUGGGGCUAGAGAUCGAGCAGUGCGUCAUGAGCUGCUUCAGUGACUUCAGCAUGCAGGCUUCCUGCUCACAAGAGGAAGGGAAGAGGCAAGUAAUAAGGACCGACGAGAUCAAGCAGGCAUUGUACAGGAGUGCCGGCUAUGGAGGUAGAUGUAUCUAAGCUAGCUAGGAGUGCCGCCUAUGGAGGUAGAUGUAUCUAAGCUAGCUAGGAGUGCCGGCUAGAGAUCGAGCCCGUCAGUUCAUUAAUCAUGCAGAGCAAUCUGUCUUUGCACAUUCUAUUUGCAUGAAUUUGUUUUAGAAAUAUCUGCGUGAAUUAAUGUAGACUGUUUAUCUGAAUAUUUUAGCAGUAUUCUCAGUUAAGCCGUUGUGUGACCGGAUUGUACAUCUGUGUGUGUGGUCAUGUAUG